UUGUUUCACACAUAAAGUUUGUCUUUGGUUGGUUGGUUCAUGCAGUUUGUGCAUGUUGAAUCUCGUGUGUGUCAGCUAUAUACCGCUUUUAAGAAACUUGUUUUAUAAUGGAAACCAGUUGAAGUGGUUUUUACGUAUUUCAACAUAAAAAGUGCCCUUUUUGCGUGAAAAUAAUAAACUCCAACUAUUUGAAUGUACUAUUUUUACUGAAAAAUAAAAUGGAAGAACAAACAGAAAGGAAGGCGUCAGCAACAGCUGUUGCUGAAGAGCCUAUUAAAGCAGAGGGAACAGUAGAAACAUCUGAUACAAGUGAAAGAAGUGAUGGUGCUGCAUCACCACCUCCAAAUUGUAGUAUUUGUCUUGGAAAACUCGUCAAUACAUCAUUCACUGACAGUUGUUUACAUCAAUUUUGUUUUACAUGUUUACUUCAAUGGUCAAAAAUUAAAACAGAAUGUCCACUUUGUAAACAAACAUUUAAAUCAAUUAUUCAUAAUGUUAGAUCUGAGGAAGAUUAUGAUCAAUAUCAUGUACCAAGAGAAUUGGCAUCGCAAGUUGCAACAGCAACAUUGGAUGUUAAUUUUGAUUUUGUUAAUAAUGUCGGACCAGUUAGUGUUGGUAGUUAUGCCACUGCAAAUUGGGACAUUGGAAUUCGUCGUUUUAUGUAUAGAUCAACAUUGGGCAAUCCAAGCCGUCGUGUCAGUAUGAUAUUAAAUCCACAUGAAGUUGCAAGAAGAGAACAACUUCCUAGUAUUGCACCGCAAUUGACACGUGAUGAAUUGAGACGAAGGCAAAUUAAUCCUUCUGAUUUUCGACGAAAUGUGUAUAGACUUGGUGUUUGGGCAAGUCCAUUGCCUGAUGUUUUUGGUAGAUUUCGAGAAUGUAGUGCCGAAUUAUACAGACGACAUCCUGCAGAAAUAAAUCGCCUUAUUCCAUGGUUAAAUCGAGAAUUGCAAGUUCUUCUUAAUAAUAAUUCACCUCAUGUUGCAUAUGUAUUAAGAAUAAUCACUGACGCUCUAACAAGGUACUAUAUAAGAAGUAUUGAAUUUCGAAAUCUUAUUCGUCCUUAUUUUGGAAUUCAUACGGAGCAUUUUACUCAUGAAUUGGCAAAUUUUGCACGCACCAGUUUUGAUAUGGUUGGAUAUGAUCAAUCAGUAAUAUAUCUUCCUAGUCGAACUGAUUAUACAGGUGAUUAUGGAGCAAGAAUUUUGUCACCAGGUUCAAGUAGCAGUAGUACAACUUCUGACGAUUCAGAUGUUCGUGUCGUUGAUGACACUGUCGAUCGUCGUGGGCUCAAUUUGAGAUUUUCAACAUUAAUAUCAAAUUCCAUUAUUGAUAUGCCUGGUCCUAGUACAUUGCCACGUCCUUUUCAUAAUUACGCUCCUCCCAUCACAGUACCUGACAUUGUAUUAGUAUCAUCAUCGUCGUCUAGUUCUGACGAUGAAUGUGAAGUAAUUGGAUAUGUGAAACCGCGUCAUGAAAGAACGCCAGAAAUAAUCGAUUUGUCAAACUCUGAAACUGAGGAACCAGCUUCGCAAACCAUCGAGCUCAACGACACUCUUCCGCCACCGAUAGUAAUUGAUGAAAAUCAACCAAGUACCUCGCAAGAGGUUCGUAAAGUUCGAAAAGCAGAUAGCGCAUUACCAGUUCAAAUGAUGGAAAUUCUAUCGACGCCAACUUAUAGUGAAAUAUCAGACUCUGAUAGUGAUUAUAAUCCAAGACGAAAACAUAAAGCAAAUACAAAAAAAACAGUGAAACGACGAAAAUUAUCGACAGCAAGAAAAAAUGUCAAAACAAAACGACAAUUGCCAUUGAAUACAUUUUCAAGUUCAAGUGAAAGCGAAACAAAACAUACAAAACGAACUACCAAAAAAGAAACUAAACACAGUAGACGUGUUUCCGUAUCAUCGGGCACAACAUCGGAGAAAUUAAAGAAAACAAAGAGUAAAUCCAAAAAAAGAGAUACUUCCGUUACAAAUAGUGAUACACCAUUUUAUGCAACAAGUGAAAGUGAUAAUGAUGAAAAAAAAUAUCAAAAUGAAUUAUUAAUACAUAACGAUAUGAGAUAUCCAUCAAUCUCAGUACGUAUUGAUCAACGUGACAGUGAUACAUUAUCAGAAUCAGAAAAACCCAUUAAUUUAUCAAUAUCUUCAUACAAUUCAUAUGUGAGUAAUGAGAAGGAAAAUAAUUUACAAGAAAAAAUUGACAAUUUAAAUGAAACAAUGGCAACAAAUAGUGCAACAAUUGAAUUUAAAGAAAAACAAGAACAAAAUGAUGAAGAGGAAGAAGAAGAAGAAGAAGAAGAAGAAGGUACAAGUAGCGAUUGUAGUGUUGAUGAUUUAAAACAUCAUCAUUAUUAUAGAUCGCGUUGUCAAUGUAGUGUUUGUUCUGACAAUACAAGGACAAGUAAAAAAAAAUCAAAGCAUAAAGAUAAACGCAAUCAUAAAUCGGAUAAAUCUUCCUCCACAAAAUAUUAUCAUCAUCAUCAUCAUCAUCAUCAUCAUUCAAUUGAAGGUAAUUCAAUGAGUUCAUUAAAUGAUGCGCCAUCAAGUUCGAAACAUUCCUCCGAUUCAAAAAAUAGUUCUAGAUCAAAAUCAUCGAAAACAAAGCACAAGUCACAUAAAAAAAGUAAAACAUCAAAACGCCGACGAUCUCGUAGUAAUUCAAGAUCAAAAUCAAAGAAAAGAGCAACAAUAGACUUUCAAACGAAAUGAAUUUUUUUUUUUUAUUUUAUUACCUUUGAAUUUCAAUUUUGACUAUUCCAUUUAUUUUGUAUUAUAUAUUAUCAAAUUUUUCUGGUGAAAUUGUGAAUCGUCAAUGAUAUAUAUUUAUUAAAAAAAAAUUGAACAAUGAAAUUGCUUAAAGAAAAUUAAUAAUUUGUAUGUAUUUAAUUUUUAUCAUCGCAUGACGAAAUCAUGUAACUCAAUUGUUGAAACACAUUUGAAUAGGAAUUCUAAUGUAAUUAACACGUUUCUCUUUUUACCAAUAUACAUAUUAUAUAUAAAUAUAUAAAUUUUUUUUUAAAACAUUUUUGUUUAUGCAGUACCAGAAAAAAAAUUGUGUACAGUGUAAAUUGAACAUUUUGACUUACUGUUUUGUAGAAUAAAAAUGAUAAGUAAGCGUCAAGAUUUCAUAUUGCUGCAAUGUUCAUUAUUCGUGAGGGUGAAAAAAAAGGUUUCUACCUAUAUAUAGAUAUAUAUAAAUAUAAAUAUAUAAAAUAGGCAAA